UCCUUUUCCAGUGGUAAAUGGUCAAGAACCAUGCUGGAAGCAUCUGAACAAGCGAGGCUUUCUCCCGUUUGCUUCCCUGGUCUAUGCUGCAGCUUUGCUUCAUUCAUCUUUGGACGUGGAUAGGAAAGCACAGUCAGUGGGGGGGAAAAAAAGCAAAGGGGAAGCAUUUCUGAAUGCUUACAGGAUGAAUUUCCCUAACAGUACAACUUCUGCUCCGCGUGCAAAUAUUGGAAGCUCUCCGACAAGCACAGAUAUUGCAGUCAUUGGAGGUGUCAUUGCAGCUGUGGUCUUAGUCUUGAUUUGCCUCUUGGUGGUGAUGCUGAGAUACCUAUACCGGCACAAGGGCACCUACCAUACCAAUGAAGCAAAGGGAACUGAAUUUGCCGAAAGUGCAGAUGCUGCUCUGAAAAACGACCCUACCCUUCAAGAUGCCGUGGAUGAGAACCGAAAAGAAUAUUUCAUCUGAAAGCAAAAACGGCACCCUUGAGACACCCUUUGUCUUUCUCCCCUUCGCAAGAGGCAAUGCGUUAAAAAAAAAAGCCAGCAGGAUAUGGAGAUUACACAAAAGAGAACAAGGCAACUAAUUGAAAUAUUGCUGUUUAACAACGGCAAGGACUAGAAUUCCAGAUCUAUAGCUUUUUAUUUGAUUUACUACACCACUAGGUUCAAUAUCAGAUGAACAGAAAGAAAAGUCACACGAUGAACGAUCUAGCUGAUAGCAGAUAAAAGCAUCAAAUGUCAAAUCCUGACAUUUGGCAAAAAAUAUCUGGUUUGAUGGAAAGCUCCUUCAUGGAUACACUGAUUCGUCUCUAUUGAUAUAAUACCUUGAAGUGAAUUUAUAGCAGCAAAACAACAACCAUAAAAAAGGAAGCUGGCCUAAGAAUGUUGGUCAUGAUUCAUGUAUCUAGGUUUUUCUUAACAUGCAUAAGCUUAUUAAUGUGAAUAUUCAUAUUAUCUUGAUCGUUCUUUUUCUUUUUUAAGAAUACCCUGAAGUUGUUUCUGCUUUGUUAUGUUUUUUUAAAACAAUGACCUAGCAACCCGAUUCUCACAAGAAAAAAAAAAAAACCUGCAGGAAAAGACAGAAAAGUUUUUAAAAUGAAAGAAUGUCAUUUCUGGAUAUUUCUUGCAGUGGACAUAUCUAAGUGAUGGGUUUAUUUACUUCUCGGCUUUUAAUGCCAUGUCAAUUAUUUUGAACUUGUACUUUUGUUUUAAAUAGUAGAGAAAUACAUCCAUUGGGUACUACGUGCUUAAUUUUGAGAGUGAUCUCAGAUUUAUAGUAGCAGUUUAAAUUGAUUGAGAUAGUUUUACCUCAACUGAGGGUGAGAAUCAUAGAAGCAGAUACAGAACCAAUUGUUUUGUAAGUUCACAUAGGGGAGUCUUUUCUUCUAUUUUGGUUGAAAAUGGAAUGAGAUAAAGAAAAAAGGUGCUUGGUUAGUCUUAGCACCAGUGAACCAAAAUAGAUCUCUCUUUCUCUCCCCUUCCCCCAGCCAGCUGGUUUGAAAUUAUGCCCCAUUUCUGUGACUAAUAUAAUGUACUAGUUAUGUUAGCUGUUUGACAAUUUCCCCAUGAUUACAUUUUGGCUGGAGCUGCAGUUAUAAUACUAGAGGGGAUUAGCAAUGUAGUUUUUGUAGGAACAAUAGUACAAUGGCAGUAAUAUUAGUACAGUGUUUUACUUCAUUGCUCAAAUUAUAAGAGAGUCAGAGAGCUUUUAUGCUUGAAUUUACUGAUUGCCUCCUUAUUGUUGUUCUUCCAGAGUACAGGAGAAUCAUAAAUUAGCAAAACAAUGAAAGAACUUUGGAGUUGGGACCCCCUCUGUAGGGGAUUGUGCAUUUCAUUAAAUUUCUUUCUGUAUUUUGUCUCUGUUAACCCAUCAAGUACAGUACUGUUCAGACUGACUGCUGUAGAAAUUACUUUGGCAGACCAAUCCCCCCUACAACUCCAACAAAAAGGGCUGUCCUAAUCUCAUUUUAAAAAUCUUGUACUAAAUUAUUACCUUCAGAAAUAGUUGUUGCUGGUGGACAAAUAUGCUGUGUGACCAGGAAAGUUAUCUAGCAAGCAUAUUAGAUGCUUCUCUUCAAAUUCAUUUGAAUUAAGUGAGUCAAGUGGUAGCAGAUUUGGGAUAGCACUGAAGUAUGGAUUGAGUUUAUGUGUACAUACAGAACCCUUGUGAGCUAGAGGUAUUGCUUUGGCUAUAGAGACAAAGCCACCCAACCAGCUCAAUUCCUGGUGAUAUCAAGAUCAUAUCCCUGUAGCUUUCCUGGUAAACAACAGCUACUGUUCCUCCUUCUUCUGAAGUUUGUUUUCAUCUUCCUGACCUAAUCCCAUGUUGGGAUUUCAUAAUGAUCUCCCAUCUUCUUUCUAGGCUUACAUAUAACCAUAGGAAAAUCAGUUUUUGAAUGUGUAUGAUUUUUCACUGUCCAACUUUUUUUUUAAUGAUAGCCUCAUCAUUUAUAACACGUUGCUGUUUUGUCAACAGCCUCUAAUCCAGGAUUUGCAUCUUUCUGGUGACUGAAAUCAUAUUUAAUUCCUGGGAGUGGCGGGACUAAUUAAGUACCAUAGUG